UUAUCGAUUGUACACUUUAUAGAUUCAGAACGCUUCCAGAAUACAAAUAGCUGGAAGCCCUACAUAUCUGCUUAUAUCCAUCUGACCACAAGCCCUGUUUCGCAAUCACAAGUUCCUCUCUACUCAUCUUCUGGUCCAGCCUCGGUUCGGUCGGACUGUUUGGCAGCUGGCCUCCGAAACGUCGAACCAGCCAGCCCUGCGUAUCCUAGCGCCCGCAAUUUCCGCCGUGUUUUAAACGGCUCAACCUUCAGUCCCCGAACUAACGCACCUGUACAUUUGCGUCCAGCCCUUGCGCCUUCAGCAAACCGAGAGACGAGUCUUUCUCGUCGGUGGCUGCGCACCACCUGCGUUCUACCCGUCCGAGCUGAUGCGAGCCCAAGAGUCUCGGGUGUGGAUACUGCUGCUUGUCCUGGGGGUGACAUCUUGAGGCCUAAGCAGUCCUUUCGAAAGAAUUGGUUGCGUUCGAGCGUGAUGACGAUACCUACAGAUGCAGUAGGCCCUACUUCAAGCCAGUUGGAUACAGCUGGAUCUUCCGGAUCGAUGUCGGCCAGGAUAGGGCUGGGGAGUCGAUGUGAACGAGCCGGUCCACUCAGGGCGGUGCCAGUAAGUCGUAACAGGUUUAGACGCUAA